CCCCGCGCGGCCGCCGCGUCCCCGCCCCUCCGCCAUGGCCGAUGUGGAGGACGGGGACGAGCCCGGCGCCCCCCACUCGCUGCCGGGCUCCGCGGGCUCCAAGGCGGGCGGCGCCGACAAGAUGUUCUCGCUGAAGAAGUGGAACGCGGUGGCCAUGUGGAGCUGGGACGUGGAGUGCGACACCUGCGCCAUUUGCCGGGUGCAGGUCAUGGAUGCCUGUCUUAGAUGUCAAGCUGAAAACAAACAAGAAGAUUGUGUUGUGGUUUGGGGAGAAUGCAAUCAUUCCUUCCACAACUGCUGCAUGUCCUUGUGGGUGAAACAGAAUAACCGCUGUCCCCUGUGCCAGCAGGACUGGGUAGUCCAGAGAAUAGGCAAAUAAAUCUGGAAGGUUUCUGACUGUUGGACUCGCUGAAAGAGUGUGUGUCUGAUGCAAAGGAACGGAACGUGUCAAUCACAGCGUGACUCUUUAGUUUAUCUGCUGCGAGGGCAGGGGGGCUUGGUUUGUGCUCUUUGCUGUAGGAGGAGGCAGUGGUCAGUCCUACUGCACCUGUUCCACCACUGAAAGGACAGACACUGUGUUAAAAUGUAUCUGCUACAGUUAAAGUGUUGCCUUUAUCACAGCAGAGGAGUGUGGUGGUGCAGAUUAUACCUAAUUUAAUGUUUUUCCAUAGAUAAAUGAAUUAAUUGAAAGGCAACCUUACCUGUAAGUCUGAAACACUGCAUAGUUUACUGUCAAGGUAAAGACAAUGUUUUCUAAGUAGUAUUGUAUACAAAAACACAGUCAGUGUGUUUUUUAGGAACUAUUUUGGUUUUUAAUCUGAAAUGAAGAGUGUUUAAAACAUUUACGACGUGCUUUUCCCAUCACACUUUAUCAGACAUUUCUAAUUCAGGUUUUCUUUUGUUGUAUCUCUAAGGCUGCUGCUGUUAUAAUCUGUACAUAAUUUCGACACUGUAAUAUUAAAAUUUAACCACAUCAGUAAUUUUUUAUUUAUGUUUCUGUUAAUGCUCAUGGAGACAUGCAUUUUUAAUCCAGAGAGAUUUGGUACAAAGGCAUGGGUUUGAUAUCAGUUAGCUAGAGGUGUAGACAAUCUUGCUGGUUAGCUCACUAAUAUAGGAAGCAAACAAAGUGGAUCAUUUAAAUAUCCCAAGGAAAACAAGCACUAAUUAAAUUUAUGGGAAAAAAUGCUUAGUUGUGGUUUCAUGAAAAUUCAGUUAAUAGAAAUUUCUUUAUUAUCUUUUUACUGAUUACAGUGUUUUGGAAGCAUUGUUGCAUUUUUAUGGAAAUCCUCAAUAUAUCAUCUUUUUUAUAUGAAUUGUGAUCUUUUUCUUACAAAUAUUUAAGUGCUUGCCUCUGACUGUCUUUUCCCUAACUAUCUAAAGGAAUUACUAUUAAUCUGAACAUAUGCUGUGGAGUGUUUUUAAUAUGUGUAAUGGAGAGGUAGAAUUACUGGUUUGAGUCUGUAACAAAUUCAGGAUUAAUAAAAUGAUUAAUAAACAUGGGUGAAAUUGAA